GCGCCGCCCAACCCGCCGCCAGUCCGCGGCCUCUGGAGUGGUCAGGCUGUAGCCGGCGAGCCGGCGAGCCGACAGCCGGGCAGGCUGAAGGUGGGCUCGGCCUGCUGUCUCCCAGGAAGACAAGGGGGCUCGCGCUCCCGGUCUCCGGGAUCUCUCAGCCCAGCAACCUGCCCCGCCAGUCAAGGGAGAAGCUGAGGAGGCCCCGCCGCCGCCAUGGCUGCCAUGAUGGGUCGGAAGUGAGUCUGUGGGUGACCGUGCCGGCCCGGGCGCUGCCGCCCAGGUCCCGGCCGCCCCGCCAGUGAAGCGCGACGCCGCGGACCGCGGGCCCUCGGCCUUCGCCACGCUAGCCCCCUCGGCUCGGCCUACUUUCUCCAAGACUGAGCGGCGGGGAGUGGCUCCCGGCCUCCGGCCCCGGCAGCCGGGAAGAUGGCGGACCCGGCCGAGUGCAACAUCAAAGUGAUGUGUCGCUUCAGACCGCUCAACGAGUCGGAGGUGAACCGCGGCGAUAAGUACAUCGCCAAGUUUCAGGGAGAAGACACGGUCAUGAUCGCGUCCAAGCCUUAUGCAUUUGACCGAGUGUUCCAGUCAAACACAUCGCAAGAGCAAGUGUAUAAUGACUGUGCAAAGAAGAUUGUUAAAGACGUACUUGAAGGCUACAAUGGAACCAUAUUUGCAUAUGGACAAACAUCCUCUGGGAAGACACACACAAUGGAGGGUAAACUUCAUGAUCCAGAAGGCAUGGGAAUUAUUCCAAGAAUAGUGCAAGAUAUUUUUAAUUAUAUUUACUCCAUGGAUGAAAAUUUGGAAUUUCAUAUUAAGGUUUCAUAUUUUGAGAUUUAUUUGGAUAAGAUAAGGGACCUAUUAGAUGUUUCAAAGACCAAUCUUUCAGUUCAUGAAGAUAAAAAUCGAGUUCCCUAUGUAAAAGGAUGUACAGAGCGUUUUGUAUGUAGUCCAGAUGAAGUUAUGGACACCAUAGAUGAAGGAAAAUCUAACAGACAUGUAGCAGUUACAAAUAUGAAUGAACAUAGCUCUAGGAGUCACAGUAUAUUUCUUAUUAAUGUAAAACAAGAGAACACGCAAACGGAACAAAAGCUGAGUGGAAAACUUUAUCUGGUGGAUUUAGCUGGUAGUGAAAAGGUUAGUAAAACUGGUGCUGAAGGUGCUGUGCUGGAUGAAGCCAAGAACAUCAACAAGUCCCUUUCUGCUCUUGGAAAUGUCAUUUCUGCUUUGGCUGAGGGUAGUACAUAUGUUCCAUAUCGCGAUAGUAAAAUGACGAGAAUCCUUCAAGAUUCCUUAGGUGGGAACUGUAGAACCACUAUUGUAAUUUGCUGCUCUCCAUCAUCGUACAAUGAAUCUGAAACAAAAUCUACACUCCUGUUUGGUCAGAGGGCCAAAACAAUUAAGAACACAGUUUGUGUCAAUGUAGAGUUAACUGCAGAACAGUGGAAAAAGAAGUAUGAAAGAGAAAAAGAAAAAAAUAAAACCCUCCGGAACACCAUUCAGUGGCUUGAAAAUGAACUCAACCGAUGGCGUAAUGGAGAGACAGUGCCUGUUGAUGAACAGUUUGACAAAGAGAAAGCCAACUUGGAAGCUUUUGCAGUGGAUAAGGAUAUUACUAUUACCAAUGAUAAACCAGCAGCCACAAUUGGAGUUACUGGAAACUUUACUGAUGCUGAAAGAAGAAAGUGUGAAGAAGAAAUUGCUAAACUGUACAAACAGCUUGAUGACAAGGAUGAAGAAAUUAAUCAACAGAGCCAAUUGGUAGAAAAACUGAAGACACAAAUGCUGGAUCAGGAAGAGCUUCUGGCAUCUACCAGAAGAGAUCAAGAUAAUAUGCAGACUGAACUGAAUCGCCUUCAGGCAGAAAAUGAUGCCUCUAAGGAAGAAGUAAAGGAAGUUUUACAAGCCUUGGAAGAACUUGCUGUCAACUAUGAUCAGAAGUCUCAGGAAGUUGAAGACAAAACUAAGGAAUAUGAAUUACUUAGUGAUGAGCUGAAUCAGAAAUCGGCAAGUUUAGCAAGUAUAGAUGCUGAGCUUCAGAAACUUAAGGAAAUGACCAACCACCAGAAAAAAAGAGCAGCAGAGAUGAUGGCAUCUUUACUAAAAGACCUGGCAGAAAUAGGAAUUGCUGUGGGAAACAACGACGUAAAGCAGCCUGAGGGAACUGGCAUGAUAGAUGAAGAAUUCACUGUUGCAAGGCUCUACAUUAGCAAAAUGAAGUCAGAAGUAAAAACCAUGGUAAAACGGUGCAAACAGUUAGAAAGCACACAAACUGAGAGCAACAAAAAAAUGGAAGAAAAUGAAAAGGAGUUAGCAGCAUGCCAGCUUCGUAUCUCUCAACAUGAAGCCAAAAUCAAAUCAUUGACUGAGUAUCUUCAAAAUGUGGAGCAAAAGAAAAGACAGCUGGAGGAGUCUGUUGAUUCCCUCAGUGAAGAGCUAGUCCAGCUUCGAGCACAAGAGAAAGUGCAUGAAAUGGAAAAGGAGCACUUGAAUAAGGUUCAGACGGCAAAUGAAGUUAAGCAAGCUGUUGAACAGCAGAUCCAAAGCCAUAGAGAAACUCAUCAAAAACAAAUUAGUAGUUUGAGAGAUGAAGUCGAGGCAAAAGAAAAACUUAUUACUGAUCUUCAAGACCAAAACCAGAAAAUGAUGUUAGAGCAAGAACGCCUAAGAGUAGAACAUGAAAAGUUGAAAGCUACAGAUCAGGAAAAGAGCAGAAAACUACAUGAACUUACGGUUAUGCAAGAUAGACGAGAACAAGCAAGACAAGACUUGAAAGGUUUGGAAGAGACAGUGGCAAAGGAACUUCAGACUUUACACAACCUGCGGAAGCUCUUUGUUCAGGACUUGGCCACCAGGGUUAAAAAGAGUGCCGAGAUUGAUUCAGAUGACACAGGAGGCAGUGCUGCUCAGAAGCAGAAAAUCUCCUUUCUUGAAAAUAAUCUGGAACAACUCACCAAAGUCCACAAACAGCUGGUACGUGAUAAUGCAGAUCUUCGCUGUGAGCUCCCUAAGCUGGAAAAGCGACUCAGAGCUACAGCUGAGAGGGUGAAAGCUUUGGAGUCUGCGCUGAAAGAAGCCAAAGAAAAUGCAUCUCGCGAUCGCAAACGUUAUCAGCAGGAAGUAGAUCGUAUAAAGGAAGCAGUCAGGUCAAAGAAUAUGGCCAGAAGAGGACAUUCUGCACAGAUUGCUAAACCUAUUCGUCCUGGGCAACAUCCAGCAGCUUCUCCAACUCAUCCAAGUGCGAUUCGUGGAGGAGGUGCAUUUGUUCAGAACAGCCAGCCGGUGGCUGUGCGAGGUGGAGGAGGCAAGCAGGUGUAAGCUCCCCACGACACCCGCGGGUGUUAAAAGUAAUUGAAGUAUGAAGAGGACAUAAUUCAAUGACUGUAGCCUGUAUCCCUUGGGAACUCUAGAAUUAUAACGUUUUUUAGUGUAUAAAUUGUACCUGGCCUGUACAGCUGUUUCCUACCCACUCUUGUAAACUCUGCUGCUUCCCAACACAACUAGAGUGCAAUUCUGGCGUCUUAGGAGGGAAAAACGACAGUUUAUAACUGUGGCCCUAUUUAUUACACAGUUUGUCUUUCAUGUCUUAAAUUUAGUCUUCACUGUGCCAAGCUAACUGUAUCAUAUAGGACUGUGCUUUUUGUACUUGUUCGUGUUUAUUUUUUAAUCUUAGUUUAAGUUACCUAGCUGCUACUGCUUGUUUUUCUUUUCUUAUAAAAUAAUACCUUAUUUUAGGGGAAAUGGAACUUUUAGAUUAAAUGUCUUAAAUUUUACCACUUACAACACUACAUGCCCACGAAUUAUAUCAGGUCAGUACUGUACUUAAAAAUCCUUUGAAAUGACUUCAGAGUUAAAAUUACGUGCAUCAUCUCUGAAGUUUGCUUCUGAAAACUACUCUCUGAGCACUGAAACCUUUAAAACUGCCUAACUAGACACUUGAGACUGGGCAAGGCUACUUAAUUAUCUUGUGAAAAGCCUACUGCUAAAUUAUCUUGAAUAGAAAUAUUUCACACUAUCAAAAGCAAAUCUUUUGCUUUUGUUUAAGAAAAACAGUUUGGAAAAGAAAUUCAUUUCUCUUCUUCCCAAUGCUGUAUACACAUAGCUUGAUGGAAUGGAAACACCUUGCUUUGUGAGCCUGUUAGUUAAUAUAUAUUAAGAAUUGGGUGGAUAAUCUGUCAACUUAAUAUAAUGAAAUGAACUAAGAUAUGGAUAUUAUAGGAUUAAACAUAAUUUUAUAUUAGUACUGUAUUGGUUGAUCUAAAUUUAUAGCAUUUGGAAGUUGAGAAAACAUGUGGAAGGAUGGGACAAAUGGCGAAUUUAUAAAUAUAUAGGUAAAUUGUGGUCUGAAAAUCCCUGAGGUGUCUUUAACCUGCUACACUAAAUCAUACACUAUAACAUACUUCUUAUUUAGUCUAGGAGUAGUAAAUUAUUUGCAAGUCACUAAUAAUCCUCAAAUUAUUUUGUUGGCGGUAGCUGGUAAUUUUAUAAUUAUGUGUAUCUGUUUUUGCCACUUCUUCCCCAGAUGAUUAAACUAAGUCAACAGUUUAUUUUAGAAACUAUAAAAGUAAUAGGGAAAGAGAUUUCAAUAUUUGCUUCACCACUUGGGAGUGGGUAACUGCAACUGUGUUAGCAGAAAUUUGCAAAGACUGGGGAUGUAAAGUUACUCAGAGGAGAAAGCUGGAAAGUUCUGUGUUAGGAUCUGGGUGGCAGAAUUAACUUUUUGAAAAAGUUUUAUAUACACAUAUUUGUAUUAAAUUUGGAGCCAUAGUCAGAAGACUCAGAUCAUAAUUGGCUUAUUUUUCUAUUUCCUUAACUAUUGUAAUUUCCACUUUUAUAAUAAUUUUGAUUUAAAAGAUAAAUUUAUUUAUUUUUUUAACAGUCAAAAAUCCUUGCUGUUCUGAUCUGCAGCAACCUUUAAAAUGAUUGUAUUGUUUUUAGGCUUGAUCAAAAGAAACACUCCAAAAAUUGAGAUGAAAACUUGUAGAGCGGCAAGACUGAAGCAAUGCAGUUAACUAUACCCGUGCUUCCGCCUGUUGGUGGUGAUAGUUUUCUAAAUGAAGAAAUGUUUGGCUGCAUUCACACAGACAUUUGUAUUUUGUUUCCAAAUGAGAGCUUGCUUUUUGGGGCAGUAUUCUUAAAUGAAGCAGAAUUUUUUUUCUCUCUUUUGUCUGAAUAUAGGAGUUUCUUUCUUGUAAGAUGUAUCACAGGUAUUGGUGCUGUGUAACAAACAAUGAAUUGUAACUAGUGUGUGGUUCAGAAUACACAAUGUUAGGGUUUUUAAAAUAUCUCAAUGGGUUUUUCUAUUUAUAAUUUCAGACUUUCACAAAAUGUACAGAGAAUUUCAUAAAUUUGUUUUAAUUGAACUGCUUUUGCUAUGGUAGGUCAUUAAACACAGCCUUUACUCUUAUAAGUGAAAAUUUCUGAUCACCUGGAACAUUGAUACUUAUAUCAAUUUACAGUGUCUUUUUUUUUUUUUUUGACUAAAUUAAUGUUCGUCUGAAUGGCAUUGAUAAAUGGUUCAGAAAAGAAACUCAGUGAAAUGAAAGUAAUAUUUAUUCAUGGUGAUCAGUUAAAUUAUUUGCCUAAUUUAAGAAAACUACUGUGUGUAACUCAAUUUGGCAGGAGAUGAUAGAAGAGUCUGAGUCUGCCUGUGGAGUACGUUGGUUUCUUUUCAGUGCUUGAAGAUACAUGCAGAGAUAAUUGGUUUGGGAAGACGCCAUAUAAUUUUAAGUUGACCUGCAUGCUGUAAAUGUCUUUUAUGUUUAAAUAAAAAGGAAAAAAUUUUUUGAAAUGCAGUGACUUUCUUAAAAUGUGAUUCAGUGAUA